GCUUCCUUGGCGCAUUUCCGCCUCCAAACAAGCAACAAGCCAUCACUCUCAACGUCAACAACCAAACUGCUGCUGUUGGUUCCUGCCUCCUUCCUGCCCCCUUCUGUUGCAUCCACAGCCGCUCCAACUUCCGCUCCUAUUGACACGCACAACCGCAUACAUGGAGGUGUCCCCUCAAACGUCCAGCGAAGCUCCAGAGCAAGAUGAGCUGCUCUGUAUUGAACCUGCCCGAUUGGAGACGCAGCCCUUUGAGCGCCAUCGCGGCCUCAUUCCAGGCCGCCUUCGCAUCUUGUCCAAAGGAUCUGCCAGCCAGUUCCUGAAAUGGACACCCACCAUCGACACCAACAUGGAGUACCAGGUCGAGUUUGACCUGUGCCGCCUCUCCUCCUUGAGUCGCAGCAAUGGGCCUCGCGUGUCAUUUGUCUUCAACGAGCACGAGAGCGUAGGCCCCUUUCUGCUCGACUCCCAAGCCGACUACGACCGCCUCAUCCACAAACUCGCAGACCUCCGCAUCUUGGAACCCAACACCCUCGAAAAGCCACAAACCUCCUCGCUUGGCGACUUCUUCUCCACGGUGGCUGAUUUCUACAACGCGUUUCGCCAGCUCGGCCAACCCACAACCUCCGACCGUGUGCCCAACCGCGUCACGUUCCUACCGCCCGACGAAGAGAAGCACCGCGGGCGCCGCCGUGACCGGGCGGGCCAAACCACGUCCCCGCCCCGCGCAGACGUCGUCUGCCGGGGAACGGAGGACAUGGGCGAGAUGGGCAAGGCAGAGGUCAUCUACCUGGCGAGCUCGCUGCCACCGCGAGAGGUGUGCCAGCGCGAGGAGCCCGUGUCUCUCAAGGAGUGGGAGUCGUUUUUCCAGAACGGCAACCUCGUCCGGGAGGUGGCGCUGCGCCGGCGCGUCUUCAAGGGCGGACUCGCGCCCGAUGCACGCGCCUGCGGCUGGAAGUUCUUCUUGCACUUUCACGAUGAUGAAGAGUCUGUGCGCGAGGCGACACAGCGUUAUCACACGAUGAGAAUGCAGUGGCACUCCAUGUAUGAGGAGCAGCUUGAGCACAACAAACACCUCAAGGAACAACAGAGCCUCAUCGCCAAGGACGUGUGCCGAACGGACCGCGUGCAUCCGUUGUUUGCAGAUGAGAAGGGCCCAGGAUUGCAGGCGCUCACAAACAUCCUCACCACCUACGUCAUGUACAACUGGGAUCUUGGGUAUGUGCAGGGCAUGAGCGAUGUUGCCGCGAUGCUGUAUGCGGUGCUGCAGGAUGAGGUGUCCACGUUCUGGUGUUUUGUUGACUGGAUGGAUCGGCGCGCCGUCAACUUUGAUCAAACGCAAUCUGGAAUUGUGCACCAGCUCGGGCUCUUGGCGAAUCUGCUCAAGUACAUCGACCCAGAAUUGAUGGCACACUUUGAUGAGCACGGCUCCAACCACCUCUUCUUCUGCUUCCGCUGGCUCAUUGUGCUCUUCAAACGCGAGUUCAAGUACACGGACGCCAUGGCCAUCUGGGAGGCCGUGUGGACGGAGUACCUGUCCGAGGACUUUGCGGUGUUCAUCUGCGCCGCCAUCAUUCUUUCCGUGCGCGAUCGCAUCCUCGCAGAGAACAUGGCCUACGACGACAUCCUCAAGACGUUCAACGACAUGGCGAUGCACAUGGACGCGGCAACCGUCCUGUCGGAUGCAGAGAGCAUUUUCCGACAGCUGCAUGCGUGCGACGACGACGUGGGAUUGCCGCCCAAGCUGCUCCCGCUGCGGCACAUGUGGACGGAGCGUUAUGGCGGUGAUGAUGAUGAUGGUGAUGAUGAAGAUGACGAUGAUGAUGAUGGCGAUGAUGAUGAUCAUGCUGAUGACAUGGGUGGCGGCCACCGCCACGAGCGUGGGACAGCUGUUGUCCAUGGUGAUGCAGCAACCGUUGAGGAGGGGCAGAGGCGAACAGUGCAACAAAAGCAACACCAGCCGCUGCAGCGUGACGCGAAGGGCGAGCACGAACUAGCACAGCACCAAGAACGAGAGCGAGAACAGGAGCAAGAACAAGAUGAACAACGACACCAAGAACAAGAACAGCAGCAGCAACCACUACAAGAACAACACCAACAGCAGCAGCAGGAGCGAGAACGGUCACCUUAAGCACACGAAACAAUCUCGUCUGGCCUCAAUGCUGUUGUUUGCUGUCCCGUUUGAUUGUCCUUUGACGUGCAUGCUGGCUUGUGUGCGUGCGUGCGUGUGUGUGUGUGUGGUUGCUUACUCUGUCAUUGUUACCCUCUCUCUUCCUAAUAUGAUACAUAUGCGAUGUGGUUGUUGUGUCUGCUCACCUUGUACAUGCGUAUCCAUUGUUCCAUAUAAUGAACCAGAGUGUGAUCCCCCCCCCUCUCCAACACGGCCAGUGCAUCAC